UGAUAUGUGCAUACAGACUGCCACUCCCAUCAUGGAUACGGACGCUGCAAGAGAUUCGAACCCUGCUAAUGAAUCCGGGGCUGAGCCUGAGGAAUCAGAAUCACUCCAAGACAUAUCUGAGCUAAUCAAAGAUGGGAAAAAUGCAAAAACGAUUAUGUGUGAAAGAUGCAACAGUAAAAUUUUAUUACCAGGAGUGGCUGAAGUAGCGACGAAAGAGAUUUUCCUGCCGCACAUGAAGAAAAAGUCGGAGCAAGAGAACGCCACGGAGGGGGAGACGCUGAGUAAGCAUUGGGUAGUUUCGGACAUGUUCACCUUUGAGAACGUUGGUUUCACAAACACUGUUGGCACGGCCAAGUAUCUUCUUUGUGCCGACUGUGAGGUUGGACCCCUCGGAUGGCAUGAUGUAACUGACAAAACAAAGUUCUUUGUGGCCUUGGAUCGGGUGCUGCACCAAUGAGACAUGACCGGAGAAUCUGUGUACCGUGCGACAGGGGUCAUUGCAUGCCUUAUAUCAACAUCUUGGCGGUCACACAACUAUGCUUUUGUAAUCCAGAAGCAGUACAUUAUAUCUGAGUGCAAUUCUACAGACCAAUUGAUGUAAUCUCUCGUGUUGCUUGAAACUUUUAAACUGUUUAACCCGGGGCUCUUAACUCGCUGGCUACAGGAACCGGGUUGCACCUGCACGAAGUGUAUGGGAAUAAAAGAAGUCAGUAGUAGUCAAUGGGUUAAUUCUAUAUCAGUGAUGCCAAUCAUGCCAAUCUUAUUUACUAUAACUUAUCAGUCGUUAAAAAAAAAAAAUUACCCCCUUCCAGGGAACACCAAAUUAAUUCCAGCAUCUAGCAAUGACUGUAAUUUUAACUGUUUGUAGAUGUAUUUGGAUUACAAUUAAACACAACUCAUAAAUAUAGGCCAUUUUCUUUGGUCUGAAACCAAUUGUCAAGUAUUGAAAGGAAUACACGUAUGGAGCAGUGUUUGAAUAUUUUUGGUUUCUCUAGUAAUCGUCGUUCAACCAUAUUGUGGAAAUGGUGUACUAAAUUUGACAUUGUAUUAAGUUGGCUUGAGGGCUAUAAUAUGAAAUAGUGGUUUUUUAUUGCACAGCUCAUUCUGCAGCUGAAUUAUAAGCAUAAUGAAGUGGACUGAAGAUACCUAAUAUUAAAUUUAUUGCACAAAUUACGCUUCAUGUAUAUGACACCCAACACAUAAUGAGGGUGAUGUGGAAGUAGUGGAGGCAACAUGUAGCAGCUAUAGCUUAUUUCAGACAGUUCCUACUAUUUACUACACGUCAACAAGCAAAUUUUUGAAAAGCAAGGAAGUGUAUUAUACAGUGCGUAUCAAAAAAAGUUUACAUUUUGAAAAAGCCCUAGGAAUUAAAAAAUAUGCAACAUGUGGGUAAUUUUUUCACAUGUAAUCUUGGGUUUGGGUCUCAUCUAUCUAAUGCAAGUUAAAGUUUUGACAGAAUGUUACACUUGAGUGAGCACUGUCCAUUUUUGUAAAGCUCGCAGAAAUCUGUUUGCGCAGAAAUGCUUGUUUUCACGCUGUGUAAAGGGGGAGAGGGCGAAAUCAAACUUACCCUGCGAAACAUUUCUCAUCCAUUUCCCUUGCACUUUUAGUCAAUUGAAAUUAAACGAAUACAUUCAAGCAUUUUGUAACAAUUUUGCCACCCAAAUUGAAAUUUCAGCACUUUAAUAAGCACAACCUUUACCCUUUUUGUGCCAGCUGGAUCUGAGGACUUAACUGAAUCUGAACAAAAGUUUAUAUCAGACAUCUCCAGCAUUUUUUCACUAAGUUUGUAUCAUUUAAAGUGGGUUUACAUUUCAUUUUUCAUUUAAUACUUGUUUCUCCGCACUUUUUCCAAGCUUGACAAUGAUUAACAAAACGAACAUGAAGCCUAAGCCAUUUUAUGUAAAUCACAUCUCAGUGUAAAGCAAACAUCGUCACGAUGGCCUCGGUGUGUGGGGGAGUGGGGUGAGGCGCAAUGCACUCUUCGAAGUGUUUUGGCCUAGGAAACAAGUUAAAAAAGGUAAAAGAUAUCUUCAAAUCAAUUUUACUAGCUAAAUUCCUCGUGUUCUUCAUGAUUAAGGUCUACUUUUAUUCGCAUAACUAUUCCAGAGUUCUGCGCAAAUCAUUUUUCACUAACUUUUCAAAAGUAAGUGGUGCUCAGGAGGAAAUAUUUUUCGACAGUUAUAUCGUCAUUUGCUUAAGUGGAUCUGUACCAAUGUUAAAAUGUGGAAAAAUCUUCAGGAUAUUACAAAUAUAUAAUUUUACAGGAUUUUUUCUAAGUGUAAACUUUUUUUGAUACGCACUGUAUACAUCAAUUAUGAAAAAAAUAAAUUGAUAUCACGUAGCAACAUUUUUAGAGAAAGGAAGUUUAUUUUGAUUUGGAUGGGCUUUGAUUUUGAUUGUAUCGAGUAAUAUUUCUGAUUUCCAAGCUAUUUUUCAAACAAGUAAUAACUGUGAUGUUGCUAAUAUUAUUUUAUGAGGAACAUUUGUGUCACUGAAACAAUUGGCCUCCACUUGAAGAUUGUGUUUCAAAGUUUGUUAUAAAUGCUUACCAUCUUAAUCAAAAUUGAAAUAGCAGUAAUAGCAUAUCUAGACAAGAAGAAAAAUAAAAAACUGAGUGGCUUUGUGCAAUCAUUUGCUUUUUUCUAUGAACAUUUACACAAAAGAUGGAUUUUUUGUGGUUGUUGGAUUUGUGAGAAAUGUACUUUCUCCUAAUUUCUGAACAUUCCUGAUUUCUUGUCAAUUUACUGUAUUUUUUUUUUAAACAUUUGGUAUCAGUAAAAUUGUUUUUCUUCAAUGUCCUGUUAACAUAAUUAAAGAAUGAAAAAAGAUUCCUGCCUGUUCUAUCCAUCAGACAAAAUGAAUACAAUUUUUUUGAUAUAAAACUGUAAUAAAGAACCGUUAUUCAAUCAUGAAGCCAUAAUUAGGAUCAUUUUGUAAGGACUGCUAUUCAUUGUUCUCAUCAUGAUUGUGUGGAACUUCUUGUUUGCAACAUAUAUAGACACACAGGUGACAAACGGGACCUUGCUGCUCUGAUUUUUUUUUCAAAGUUAAAUCAAUAUUAACCAAAUCUCCUGGGCAAAAUUCAACUUAGAAAAAGUAAAUAACAUAUACAUGUAUUGUUUGAAUCUGGUCUUAAAAAAACUACCUUGGUUUAGGAAUAUAUUUACUUUUGGAAAUUGACUUUAUGCUGACUUACUUUACUUAUUACUGCAAAUCUUUAAGACCCAUGUGGUUAGUUUAAUUUUAUUCUUUGGAUUUAAAUAUAAAAACAUGAAGUUGCAUUAAACAAGUAUUUCUUAAGAAAUUCUUUAAAAUAAAUGUUAAUUGUCACCAUAUUAUCAUAGAUCUAUUCUGGAUCUAUUAUAUUAACGUAAAGUUAACUUUGUGACAACAUGAGAUCUUAGCUGAAACCGAUAACUCUGAAGAUCACCAACAUAGAAAUGCAUAUGUGGGACAGUUGCUUGGAAAAAACACUGACAUACCAUGUUUAUUUUGCCCAUUUCUCAGCAAUUACCCAUCGUCUUUUAGAGCUAUUUGGCAUAUAUUUUGUUAUUUAUUUUCAAUUAUAGAUGCAAAUACUUAGGUGGCCAUUUUAUUGGUUUCUGUUUGAACUCAUUUGAGAUUGUUACCACAACUAUGUUUCAUAUUCAUAAAUUGUAGCUGGUGAUAAAUUUAGAAAUGUUUGUAUAUUUUCCUGCAGAGCAUAGACUGGGCCUGUAUUCUAAAGUCCAGUUUAAUUUAGACCAUGGUCAAACUGUAUGCUAAAAUUAUGGGAAGCUCUAAAUGUCAAGAUUUGGUUUACUUUGGAUAAUGUGUACCAUGUUGUUUCCUCAUGCAUCGAUGAUGAAGAAAACUAUUUUCGUCAUUAUUCCCAGACAGUUAUGAAUGGUCUGAGUGUAAAAUGAGCCGUUGAUUCAAACUUGUAUUGUUUGAGAUUUGUGGCACAAUUAGCUAUAUUCAUAGUUAAUCCACAGCUGUAGACCAGAGUUUAAAUUAAUCUGGAGUUUAGAAUAUGAGCAUGAGAGUGUAGUUCAAAAACAAUAUUUCAAAAAGAAAUCAAUUAUCUUCAAAUGUAUUAUAUUUGUGUAAUGAUGUUUAAUUAUUUAUUAUAAUAUUAAUUCACUGUGAUUAUGCAAUUUAACUUUAUCCAGCUGUGCCUAUUGUGGUAAAACCGUUUGGGGUGUAUUAAAAAAAGAAACCCAAGUUUCAUGACUGAUAGUGAGAACAAACCAUCAUCAAAUUGAUAACUUUUAAAAUUUAUCACCCAAAAGUAGAACUUCUAAGUUUUCCAUUUUUUUCAAAGGUAAAAGACUGUAUUUGUUAUUGAACACUACUGUCACUCAAUUCUUUUGUUAUUCAGGAAAAGAUAUGAAAGUUGGUUUUCCUUUUUUGAUUACCCAGUACACUUGUGAUUUACUUGUUCAUUUUAAGUUGUGCAGUUGUAUGACAUACUUUUAUGUAAUGUUGCUGGAAAUUUCAUAAUAUUCCUGAUAAAAUUAGUCUUGUAGUGUAACUUUAAUGAACUUUUCUGUAAAAAAAAUGACUUGUUGGUGCCAACAAAAGAAAUAUUUGUAAAU